UGGGAAAGGGCUGUCGCUGCCCCGAGGGCUGCAGAGCAGGAGAGCGCUGAGGGGAUGGACGAGGGUGUCAUGUACGCCGACCUGCGCUUUCCCCCCACACCAGCCUCUCAGCAGCGAGUGCGCCUGCCCUGGUGCUGGGCAGCCCUCAGCCUGGGUAUCCUCUCCCUGACACUGCUGCUGGCACAGAUCAUCCUUGUCAGCCUGAGUUUCCAGUAUUUAGUGCAACAACAGACAAGCUGCACAGACGGUCUCUGGAGAAUAGAGGAGAGCCCCAGCUAUGGGAAACAGACACUGGGAGGGCAGUGCCAGUUUUGCCCGGUUGGCUGGCUCUGGGAUGCGGGGCAGUGCUACUACUUCUCCUCUGCCAGAAAGAGCUGGGAGCAGAGCAGAGAGGACUGCUGCUCCAGAGGGGCACAGCUGGUCACCAUCCAAGCCAACAGCACCCUGGCGUUCCUGGUGCGCACAGCUAACAUGGACGCCUUCCACGUGGGGCUGAAGCAGGAUGGCUUCAGGUCUGACUGGAAGUGGCUGGAUGGCACUACGCUGGAAUGGAUCUUCCCAGUCCAGCGCUACACCAGGUCCUUCCAGGCUUGUGGCAGGGUGUCAGGCUUGGGACUUUUAGGUGGUGCCUGCACAGACGCCCUCAGAUGGGUCUGCAAGCAGAGUGCAGCCACCGUGCAGUGGCUCCAGUCCUCGCCUCCUGCCUUCGUCUGGGGAAACACCACCUACAGCUGUGUGAGGCCCUGAUGGCCAGGGUGACCCCCAGCCUGUGCCACCACCCCAUUCCCUGCCUGACCCCAGGGCACGGGCAUUCCCAGACUCUGCUGCCUCCUGGCACAAACCUCUUUACCCUCCAGAACUCUGCACUUUGCCAAUAAACUCUGCCGAUAACUGCAGCUGGCUUUGGGGUGUGGGGGUGGGAGGAUGGAGGUGCAUCCUCCAGCUCCCAGACUCGGUGGCAUCACUCACAAGUGGGAAAUUGCGUCCUGUGGCCAGGAGCCAGCAUUGAGCCAGCAGGAAUCCAAGCAUCCCUGUGCCCAAAGGCAGCGUUCAGCAGCAGCUCCCGUUCAGGCUGGCACAGGUCCCAUGAAGGCUCUGGGCUUUCUGAUCCUGCUGGUUUCCUGGGGCUUUUGCUUCCUGGGUCAUGCUGCUGAGAGGUGACCCUCUGCCUCUGCAUCCCAAGGAGGACUUGGGCUGGGCAGCACUUGUUUGCUGGUGCCUGCCUAGUCUGAAGAGGUUCCAGCAAACAUCCUCACUUUGGGUGAUGUGUGAGGGCCUAAAAGGCCUGCUAGGGCUUGAUUUGGAGUUGUUUGGUCCUAGAGGCUGUUCUGGUUUUGGUGUAGACCACUGGGUUUUUCCAGCAGCCUGCAGUUCUGGGACAGACCUUGCUGGGACUCUCUCCCAGCACAUGCAAAAUACCAAACCCCACAGCCAGGGCAGCCUGUCAGCCUGAGCAGCACUGGGAGGUGCAUGGGGAAGGGUAGGCCUGUACCCAGGGGCUUGGGCCCUUCACAACGCAGAGCAUGCUGAGCAGGAGGGAAGUCAUUCACUCCCCACCCCCUAAAAUGAGAAUAUGUGGAGGAAAAAAAAGACUUUUUUGCA